GAAGAAGAACAGCGUUUGAUCUUUCCGAAGAGUGUUAAGUGUAAGAAAAUGAACUUCCGCAAUCUGAUAGCCUCCGGCUCCCGCCUCGGGAAAAGGUUCUGCGCAACGGUCUUCUCUCCGGCGUCUUCCGCCGGCGUCGUCGAAGCCUCUGUUUCCGCUCCUCCGACGGCGGCGUCAAGGCAGCGAGAGAUCUACAAGAAGCUCUCGAAGCUCAGCGUCACGGGAAGGACAGUGACGCAGACGCUGAAUCAGUUCAUCAUGGAAGGCACUCCCGUCAGAAAAGACGAUCUCUUUCGCUGCGCCAAAGACCUUCGCAAGUUCCGCCGCCAUCAACACGCCCUCGAGAUCUUUGAUUGGAUGGAGAUGAGGAAGAUGACGUUAUCAAUCGCCGACCACGCGAUUCGUUUGGAUCUGAUCGCAAAGACUAAAGGCUUAGAAGCUGCCGAGAGCUACUUCAACGGUUUAGAUCCUUCUACGAAGAGUCAUCGGUCUACUUACGGAGCGCUAAUGAACUGUUACUGCGUGGAGCUCAAGGAAGAGAAAGCAAAGGCUCAUUUCGAGGAGAUGGAUGAGCUUAACUUCGUUAACAAUACGCUGCCGUUUAACAACAUGAUGUCAAUGUACAUGCGGUUAGGUCAGCCAGAGAAGGUUCCUGUGCUCGUUGACGCGAUGAAACGGAGGGAGAUAUCUCCUUGUGGGAUCACUUACUCUAUAUGGAUGCAGAGCUGCGGAAGCUUGAACGAUCUAGAAGGGUUAGAGAAGGUUAUUGAUGAGAUGAACAAAGACAGUGAAGCUAAAACCACUUGGAACACUUUCUCUAGCUUAGCUGGGAUCUACACUAAAGCUGGUCUUCACGAGAAGGCGGAGUCAGCUCUGAGAACCAUGGAGGAGAAGAUGAAUCCUAAUAACCGAGACGCGCACCAUUUCCUCAUUAGCUUGUACGCAGGAAUCUCGAAGGCUUCCGAGGUUGAGCGAGUCUGGGAGGCGCUGAAGAAGGCUCGUCCUGAGGUCAACAACAUGAGUUACCUUGUUAUGUUGCAAGCUCUGAGUAAGCUAGGUGAUAUAGAUGGGGUUAAGAGGGUCUUCACUGAGUGGGAAUCCAAAUGCUCUGCUUACGAUAUGAGGCUGGCGAAUAUAGCAAUCAACGCGUAUCUCAAAGGAGGUAUGUAUAGAGAGGCGGAGAUGAUUCUGGAGGGAGCGUUGAAGAAGUGCAAAGGGCCUUUUUCGAAGUCGAGGCAGCUUCUGAUGGUUCAUCUGUUGGAGAAGGGUGAAGCGGGUGUGGCGAUGAAGCAUUUGGAAGCAGCGGCUUCUGAUUUUGAAGAGAAGAAAGACGAGGAGUGGAGCUGGAGCUCGGAGCUAGUGAGCUUGUUUUUCAUUCACUUUGAGAAAGCUAAAGAUGUGGAAGGAGCAGAGGAGCUGUGCAGGAUCUUGUCCAAGUGGAGACCUCUCGACUCUGAAACAGUGACUUUUCUUAUAAAGACUUAUGCAGCAGCUGAGAAGACUUGUCCGGACAUGCGUGAGAGAUUGUUCCGAGAGCAGAUUGAAGUAAGCGAGGAGAUACAAGACUUGCUUGAAACUGUUUGUCCUUAAAAUUAGUCAUGCUCAAAAGUGUCAAGUCUCUUUUUUAUGAGUUUAAGCUUCUUGUCAACCAAUAGAUUGUGUUUUGUUUAUCCAAAUCCAACAACAACCUGUUUGCUAA